UGUUAUCGACCCGCAGCGGACGGCCCAAGCUUCGCUUCCAUAGCCGCAACCACUUCAAGCCCUCGACAUGCAACUCACAACAUGCACUCAGUCGACUGUCUGAGCACUGUCCGCGAUGAAUGGGGUGAAACCACGGACGCACGGUGAACUGCGCACGGUGGAGCAGCUUCUUACACCGUCAUCGACGCCUGAGCCUGACGAUCUGGCAUUGCUGGACGGCCAGCGCAACAUGGUCGUAAAAGACGAUGCAUAUCUGCAAGAUGUGUCGAACCUGCGUAGUCCCGCCUUAAGUGGCGCCUCUACCAGCAGGAGGACAAGCAUGCACGAGGAGGCUGUGCUGUCCGACACGAGCGAGAAGACACGACCCAUCAAGCGCCCUGGCGACGGCCGCAGGAAGAGCAGCGUGUCUGAGCACGACAAGGUCCUCAAGCUCAGCCCCCGUCAGAUCCAGGAGCUCACAAGCACGCCGGCGAGCAUUCCUAUUCGUACUGCAACACCAAUCCCCGAAGACGCUCUCGAGAGCGAGACACCUGGAGAGGACGAAUCGAGCGAGGGGCAUCGUGUGCUGGGUGUGGUCCUGGAGAGGCCUACACAGCUGACGCACAUGCGAUCAACGAGCGGCGAAAAGCAGCAGAGGAGCUCCCGUAGCCCUCAGGGGCGGCCGGAGAAGGAGACGGAGAUAGUCGUGCUGAAGACGCCUGCCGCAGAGCUGAGGCAUGGGCGGCCAGGCAUGAACUCGAGAUCAGUCACAACGCCCGUCAUUCGCAGGACGAACUCGAGCACGCGAUCGCGCGCGCAGGCGACACAAACCCAUGAGAGGGACGGAAGGGAGGAGUGGAGAGACGACCGGAGGCAGGAGAGGCUUGCUCCUUCGCCGCUCUUGGAACCUGCGCCAGCACUGCCCUUGCCUCCCAUGUCUAUGCCGACUUUUUUGUCACUGGAGCUAUCAGCUGGUCGCCCAUCUCCGCUGUACAUAUAUCGACCGUCGAACGGUGACUUUCCAUACGAGUCCUCCGCUAUCAAGUACGAGCGCUUGCUCAACUUCCUGCAAAUUCCCUACCAGGUCGAAGGCGUGCUAGCUUUCGGCGCUCUCGCAUGUCUCGACGCCUGGAUGCAUGUCAUGACCAUCCUUCCACUACGUUUUCUGCUCGCUGUGGGCGUGCUGACCAAGUGGUGGGGCUCGGUCAUCGUCAGGGAGUUUCGCGAUCUCUCUGCCUUUAUCUACAGUGGUUUGCCGAGGGUAUGGCAAAGACGAAGGAACACUGACACUCCAACACCCGCCGCAACUCCAGCAGACGAGUACCCACCCUCACUGUCUCGUAGGCCGUCUGGCAACGUAUCCCAGUCGGUCAAUUCAGCAGCGGCCAGGCAGAAUGGCGAGAUGGUGACUACCUUCAAAUUUCCGGACCUGAAGGAACCCAAGCCCAAGCGUAGCCGCAACUCGCGCUUUCGCCAUCGGCGGACCAAGUCCACUCCGUCUCUGCUUCUUCCAAACCACAAGGCAGAUAUUCUCAAAGGCUUGCUGGUAGUCUCCAGCUGCUUUGUCCUGAUGCGCUUCGAUGCAAGUCGCAUGUACCAUGGUAUUCGCGGUCAGUCUGCGAUCAAGCUCUACGUCAUCUACAACCUUCUUGAGGUUUGCGACCGUCUGCUGUCGGCCCUCGGGCAAGACAUCCUCGAGUGCCUCUUCUCCCGCGAGACACUCGAUCGAAACCCUGAUGGUCGCAGCAAGGUCAUCCGUCCGUUCUGGAUGUUCUUGCUCGCGCUUGUGUACACCGUGGUACAUGCUACAGCGCUCUUCUACCAAGUCAUUACCCUGAAUGUUGCCGUCAACUCCUACUCGAAUGCGCUUCUGACUCUACUCAUGUCGAACCAGUUCGUCGAGAUCAAGGGUACCGUAUUCAAGAAGUUCGAGAAAGAGUCGCUAUUUCAGAUCACCUGCGCCGACGUUGUGGAGCGCUUUCAACUCUGGCUCAUGCUUUUGAUCAUCGCCAUGCGCAACAUGGUCGAAGUAGGCGGCCUAAGCAUCCAAAGCAGCGCCACCUCCUGGACCGCCAUGUUCACCGGCAGCAGCAACACCACCUCCACCACCUCCACCGCCUCCUUCGCUGCCUCAAGCAUCAUCCCCAUGAGUUUCACCAUCUUCCCAAAAUACAUUGCGCAGGUCCUCAACCCCUUUCUGCUCGUCCUCGGCAGCGAAAUGGCCGUAGACUGGCUCAAGCACGCAUACAUCACCAAGUUCAACCAGACGAAACCCCAGGUCUACGGCAAGUUUUUUGAUGUUCUUGCGAAGGACUAUUACUCCAAUGCUUUCAGCGACCCGAACUUGACGCGCCGUCUUGGGCUGCCGGUUAUACCGUUGAGUUGCCUCUUCAUCCGGGCGGCGAUACAGACGUACCAUAUGUUCAUCGCGACGUACAUGCCGCCGCCCAUGCCCUCGUUCUCGACCAGCCUGACGUCAGAAUCGACAUCGAGCCCCACCACGACUGCGGCGCUUGCACACAUCGACCAUGUCUUCCGCCGCGCGCUGGGCCGCUCGUCGUUCGGCGCCGGCGUCACGAAAUCCUCCUGGCUCUCCCUCCCGUCCUGGACGCUCGACGAUCUGAUCGCCGGCAGCACCAUGCUCAUCGUCUUCCUCAUCGUCUACCUGAUCUUCCUCGCGUUCAAACUGCUGCUCGGCAUGUUUCUGCUCACCGUCGCGCGGAAGCGGUGUCACGGGAUGAAAGAGCGAGAGAUGCUCAACGUUGAGACGGGCGGGAAGAGGAUCGGCGGGUGGGGCGUUGUGGAUGUGGAUGAGGAGAAGAGGAGGUAUAUACACCACGAUGAUCCCGAGGGGUUGAGGAGUUUGAGGGAGAGAGAUGAGAAAGGCAAGAAGAAGGAGGAGGUGGAGAGGGAGAGGGGGACGAGUUUUGGACAUGUGUCGAGGUAUGCUAUGGUUGCUAAGAGGAUUUGGUAGAUAGCAUACGCACCCACUCGCGAAUACAAAAUUCAGAGCUGAUUUUUUUUUAAAAAAGCCAGCGACUCCAACGUAGAUGUCA